AUGAAAUUCUUUAUUGACAACCUACCUAUAAUUUUCCCUUAUGACCGCAUCUACCCUGAACAGUAUGCAUACAUGUGCGACCUCAAGAGGACACUUGACGCAACUGGUCAUUGCGUACUCGAGAUGCCUUCAGGAACAGGAAAGACUGUAUCCCUGCUCUCCCUGAUUGUAUCAUACCAGCAAUUCUACCCUGCACGGCGGAAACUCAUCUACUGCUCACGUACCGUGCCCGAGAUCGAGAAGGCCCUGUCAGAGUUGAAGCGACUUAUGGACUACCGAAUAGCAUGCGCAGAGACGGAAGAGGACAAGAGAAAGGAGAGGAGCUUCACCGGACUGGGCCUUACUAGCCGGAAGAAUCUCUGCAUUCACCCCGAGGUCUCGAAAGAGAAGAAGGGGAAAGUCGUGGAUGCCCGCUGUAGAGACUUGACCAACUCGGCCGUCUGUGAGAAGGGGAGGGCAAACCCAGGCUCCGUGGAGCUGUGCGAUUUCCAUGAGAAACUAGGCGAGAAAGAGCCUGGCAACCUCAUCCCAACAGGCAUCUAUACGCUCGCCGACGUACUACAGUACGGUAGGGAGAACGGCACAUGUCCUUAUUUCACUGUCCGACGAAUGAUGCCCUUUGUGGACGUCAUUAUCUACUCUUUCCACUACCUCCUGGAUCCGAAGGUCGCAGAACAGGUAUCGAAGGAGAUGUCGAAAGACGCGAUCGUCGUCUUUGACGAGGCGCACAACAUCGAUAACGUUUGUAUUGAAUCUCUGAGCGUGGACCUCACUCGUCCCAUGCUCGACUCAGCUGUCCGGAGCGUGACCAAGCUCGGUGAGAAGAUCGACGAGAUCAAACGCACAGACGCCUCAAAACUCCAGGACGAGUACGCCAAGCUCGUGGAAGGUUUGCAAGAAGCCUCCGACGCGCGCGACGAAGACGCCUUCAUGGCAAAUCCCGUUCUCCCGGACGAUCUCCUGAAAGAAGCAAUCCCUGGGAACAUCCGAAAGGCUGAGCACUUCGUGGCGUUCUUAAAGCGGUUCGUGGAAUAUCUGAAGACUAGAAUGCGGGUGUUGCACGUGGUUGCCGAGACGCCGCUGUCGUUCUUGCAGCACCUGAAAGAUAUCACGUAUAUUGAGCGGCGCCCUCUCCGAUUUUGCGCGGAGAGGUUGCAGUCUUUGGUUAGGACUUUGGAAAUAACACGAGUGGACGAGUUUUCCGCCCUUCAGAAGGUGGCCUCGUUUGCAACUUUGGUAGCCACAUAUGAAAAAGGUUUCCUCCUUAUUCUCGAACCUUUUGAGACAGAAAACGCGACAGUGCCCAACCCGAUCUUCCACUUUGUGUGCCUGGACCCUGCCAUCGCUAUUAAGCCAGUCUUCGAGCGGUUUAGCAGUGUGGUGAUCACGUCGGGGACCAUCUCUCCGCUGGACAUGUAUCCGAAGAUGUUGCAGUUCACUCCGGUGGUACAAGAAACUUACCCCAUGACACUGACGCGGAAUGCAUUUCUGCCUUUGAUUAUCACCCGUGGCAGUGAUCAAGUCGCCAUCAGUUCUCGCUUCGAAGUUCGUAAUGACCCAGCGGUAGUCCGGAAUUUCGGUAGUAUACUCGUGGAGUACUCGAAGAUUGUACCGGAUGGUAUCGUCGCUUUCUUCCCAAGUUAUUUAUACAUGGAAUCUAUCGUGGCUGCUUGGAACGACAUGGGAAUAUUGAACGAAGUGUGGAAACACAAGCUGAUAUUCGUGGAGACCCCGGACGCCAACGAGACUAGCAUCGCGUUGGAGAAUUACAGACGGGCUUGCAAUAACGGCCGUGGCGCGGUCCUGCUUUCCGUCGCGCGAGGCAAAGUCGCCGAAGGAAUCGAUUUUGACCAUAAUUACGGAAGAGCUGUCAUCAUGUUUGGCGUUCCGUAUCAAUAUACGGAAAGCCGUAUCCUCAAGGCCCGUCUCGAAUACCUGCGCGACGCUUACCGGAUACGUGAAUCCGAGUUCCUGGGAUUUGAUGCCAUUCGUAACGCCGCUCAGUGUGUGGGACGCGUCCUGCGUGGUAAAACCGACUGGGGUCUCAUGGUCUUUGCCGAUAAGCGCUUCGCGAGGGCUGACAAGCGGUCAAAAUUGCCACGCUGGAUUCAACAGUAUAUCACCGAGACAACAUCAAACCUAUCAACUGAUAUGGCAUUGACGCUCUCGAAGCUCUUCAUGCGGACCAUCUCACAGAAUCCCAACGAGAAUCAGACGGGAGUCUCCCUGUGGACACUGGAGGACAUUGAGAAAGCUCAAGCUAAGCAGAAGGAGAUGGCUCUCCUGGAGGCAGAACAACAGCGAGACGAACCAAUGGACGAAGAUGAUGAGUACGGAGACGGGGGAUUCGAUGACCGGAUUCUAGGUGAAAUCAAUCUGGAUAUCUAA